CAAAUUGUACGUUACGACGUUCCAAGAAAAAAGUCGUCGACGUCAUCAUUGCUGUAUUUGAGGAGAUAUUUCCACCUACAUAUAUAAUUACAACAACAAGAACAACAAUAUAGUAUCAAAGCAACAACAUUUUUGAAUAAGGGAUAGUAUUAUAAUAUGAGUACAACGGAGACGAGCAAUACGACCAUGUCGGGACGUCCAGCAAUGUUCAUUGUUGAGGUCCUCUAUCCAUUCUUUCCAUCGGAUAAACAACAUCUCACUCUAUCACAAUAUGAAAAAAUUAAAGUGAUUGAAACACACAAGAGUGAUUGGUGGAUUGGAGAAAAAGCUAAUGGAGAAGUAGGGUUAUUUCCUGCUAAUUAUGUAAGAAGAGUGCAAGAUAUGGUUGAGGAAAGCCCGAGAAGAAGAGAAAAAACAUUCAAUAAGCCUGUCACAUUCGAUCCAAAAAAGACAAACACUAAAACUGUUGAUCCUCAACUCCAAAAAAGAAAAGAAAUAGCCAGCCAAUUGGGCUUAGGAACUGUAGAUUGGGAUGAAUUAAUGUCUGAUGAAGAUGAAGAAAUUGAAUCCGAUGAUGACAUUGUUCCAGAAAAGAAACCCAGUCCAAUGGUCACUAAAACUCAACCUAGUUCAUCAAAUUCACCUCAACCAGUAGCCACAAAUCAAACCAUUACAACUGCCAUGCCUGCUGGUGGUAAGUUUGUUACUGAAGAGGCCUAUGAAAAGAAGAAGAAGGAUCUCCAAGAAGCAUUGCAAAAACAAAUGGAAGAUCAAAUGAUAAAACAAAAGCAAAUGGAAGAAAUCAAAAAACUCAAGGAAGAACUCUUAAAAACCAAGACAGAGGCAUCUAAGGGAGGUGAAGAGAAAUCGACCACUCCAAGAACAACACCAAGAGGCUCGCCUGGUCUUUCAAACCAAGAAGUUCAACAAUUGAUGCAGAAGCAACAAGCUGAUUUUGAAAAGAAGCAAAAGGAAAUGGAAAAGGAAUACGAAACGAAGAUCAAACAAGCAGCUGAAAAGUCUUCUUCCAACUCAACAGCAACAACUGAUAUGCAAAAAACCAUUGAAAAGUUGAAGCAAAAGAAUACUCAACUCGAAGGGCAAGUUGUUACUCUUGACAAAUCUCUGACAGAUGUCAAACAAAAAUACAAUACUGAUGUUAGGGAUCUUUCUCAAAGACUGAAGGAACAGAAAGACGGAUCAAUUAAACACAUGAGUACCAAGGUAAUUAGAAUGAAGAAACAAGUUCAAGCAAUCAAGUUCGAAAAUGGGUUCCUUAAGAAGGAAGCUCAAGAUAUGCAAAAAGAAUUCCUGAAUGCUGUUCAACUCAUUUCUUCUAAGGCUAUGAAGAAACUUUUAGAUGGUUAUAAAGAUCUGGAAGACCAGUACAAGAAGGAAGUUAAGGAAAGAAGAGUUUUAUACAACCAGUUACAAGACCUGAAGGGAAAUAUUAGAGUCAACUUAAGAAUUAGACCAAUAAUUCCAGAGCAGGACGGUCAAAAUCCAGAAACUUGUAUUGAUACUGUAGAUGAGAGAGAAAUCAAAGUUUCUGAUAAGGAGGGUAAAAAGAUUCAAAAGUUUGAGUUUGAUAACGUUUUUGGAAUCAACUCAACACAAGAACAAGUUUUCGAAGAUGUCAAACCACUGGCAACAUCUAUUCUGGACGGUUAUAAUGUAUGUAUUUUUGCUUACGGUCAAACAGGUUCUGGUAAGACCUAUACUAUGGAAGGAUCACCAUCCAACCGUGGUGUAAAUUAUAGAACUCUAGACGAGCUUUUCGCAAUGGUUAAGGAAAGAAAAGGCGAAUAUAAUUACGAGGUUGAAGUUGCUGUUAUGGAAAUUUAUAAUGAAACACUCUUUGAUUUAUUAAGCAAGGAAAAGACCAAACUUGAUAUCAUGUUGAGUAAUAAGGUAGCCAUUCCAGGCCUGACCAAGUAUAAGGUGAGCUCAUCAGAUGAUGUGAGGAGAGUCCUUUCACAAGGCUACGAUAAUAGAGCAGUCGGAAACAAUAACAUCAACGCACACAGUUCUAGAUCUCACUGUAUUGUCAGUGUUUUUACUGAAGGUAUCAAUACGUACACAAACCAAAAGGUAUCAGGCAAGCUUCACUUGAUCGAUUUGGCAGGUAGCGAAAGAUUAAAGAGAACCGAUGUUAAGGGUGACAGACUGAAAGAAGCUCAAAGUAUUAACUCUAGUUUGAGUUCUCUCGGAGAAGUUAUUUCUGCCUUGGCAACUAAGAAGAGUCACAUUCCAUUUAGAAAUUCAAAACUCACCUCACUUUUACAAGACUCUUUGGGAGGUAACUCUAAGAUUUUGAUGUUUGUAAAUGUAAGUCCAACUUCAGAGAGUUGUCCAGAAACUCUGUGUUCUCUUGGUUUUGCCCAAAGAGCCAGAAAGGUCGAAAUCGGUAAAGCUGAGAAGAAUGUGACAGCAUCAAAGUAAUAAAUCUAAUUUCAAAAA